AUCGACAGAUAAAUUUGAACUAUAAUAAUUCUUUCAUACAAAAACAAAACGCAGCCACCUGUAAUACGAUAUCCAUAUAAACACUGACUUCGCAGAUACACGACUUCCUCGACUUCGCAACCGGCUGAAUUCGUGUCAAGUGUCAACUUGCAAGGCAGUUUCUACCUCGGCACUACAUUUCAGGUCUUCGUCGUUGAAAGGAAAUUAUUAUUAACGCGGAAGUCAGCCCUCCAGUUAGCCUUCAACAAAUAACAGUUUCAACCUUGAACACACAAAGAACUCAAAUGCGAAUGUGUAGUAGGACGUAAAAUAACGAGAAGAGUUUGAAUGUUUUGCUGCAAUAUUUCAAGGAGAGAACACAAAGAUAUAUUGUCAUUAAUGUUUUAAAGAUUUUUAAUCGAAGGUUUCACAAUGGUUGAUGUUUCGAAGCGUCUCAGUGGGUCGCCAACAGUACGUAUAUAAUCUUAAUAUUAAUUUAGUUUAUGGUAAAAUUUCCUUAGUAAAGUAAGUCUUAGGCAAAAUUAAAACCUGGUCAGGUUACUCAGAUAUUCGUCUGCUUAUUCUGUUUAAGACAUAUUGGUCGGCUAUGUUCUAUGACUCUCUAAUUUGUCUUCUACUAUAUACACCGUAAUAUUUGGCAGUGUGCUUUGUUUUGUAACUACGUGUAUUGUUUCCCAUGCGUCGUAUCAACUAAAUAUGAUAAUAGAAACGUAUUCAUUCUCACAUCUAUAUAAAGACAUGAUAGGAUAUACAACAUAUAAGAGAUUCAACAAUUAUUACGGCAAGAUUUUAUUUUCUCUUGAAAAAUAUUUCGAUAUGCAUCGCAUACCAGGAAAUAUGGGCUAAAAAUUUAUUCAUUUUAGUAAAGAAAUUCUUUCAUUUUCUUUCAUGGCUUUAUGCCUUUAUUCUCUUUAUUUGCUAGUCUUCGUUAUGAAGACAUGACGUGGUCGGAUUAGAUACGAGAUAUCAGUGAAUAUAUUACAAAUCUUUUGACAAACAAAUCAUUAGGAAUUAGCGAGCUAAAACAACUUUGCAACGAGCUUAGAUAUUACUAAUGCAUUCAGUUGACAUUUCAAAAUUUUAGUUCCAACAAAUCAUUUUAAUAGAAAGGAAUACAAUUAGGAGUUAUUGUUGAAAAUCACACGAGAAUCGCUUGAUUUAUAAUGAAGAUAGCAAAUUAAUUCCUUAUAGGCACAGCCAAUACGUAAUUAUGACAGAAGUGCAGGGCGCGUUGCAUGACUUAAAUCUUCACUAUUUUCACUAUUCAAAUAUUAUUUCAAAAUCAAAUAAGUGGCACAAAAUGACAAAAUAUACGGAAUUUACAAAGUCGGCUGUGUUUCAUAAAUCGCACACGUAAUUUGAAUUUCAGAAAUUACUUAAAUCGUUUCGUACAAAUUAAGAUUCAGCGCCUAUUGUAUUCUGCUGAAACAAUAUACUGACUAUACACUGUAUCAAUAAAUAUACAGUACCGCUUUCCGUAAUGUACAAGGAUCACAAUUUUUUUCAAAUUUAUAACGCCCAGAACUUUAGCGCAUUAUGUUGGAACGAGUUUCAGCUUUGGAUUUAUAGGAUUAACGCUUUAAAUUCUAUAGCUGCAUGUUGAAAGGAAAAUAUUUUAAUUAUUUCGUGUAUUGUAAGGUCAAUAAUUUAUUAAAUAUUACAAAACAAAUACAGACGGCACUUCAUACUUCACAACAGCUAUUUAACAUAAUACAAUAUGUUGAACAAAGGGCUUAAGAACCAUUACACUUGUCAACUGAGGAUUUUAAACUCAGUCAGUAAAGUUAUAAAAACCGGUUGAUUUUUCCGUGAUCUAACAAGGAUUUUACGAAGCAAUUUACUUAGAGUCUCAAUAGGUUUAAUACAUUCAAUUCAAACCAUUCAUUUAUCUAUUUAUUCAAGCAUGAAGUGGUCACAGGAUAUUACAUGGCCAUUCCUGUUGCACAAAGCAAUUCACCUUUACUGCUUUAGGAAUUUGUUUCGCAAAUCCAAUCGUGAAGCGAGACAGCGAGGAGGUUAGGUACUAACUUUCAGUCGAAAGCCCUUUCGAAAUGUCGGAGAUUUUUUUCCCUCCAUUUUCUUCUACUAACUAUACAUCCAUAAUUCAUAAAGAAGACAGUUUUCUAUUAUUUAGGCUGUUUACUUUCCUUCAGUAAACCACAGAUGCAGUAAACAAGUCAAUUCUGCCUUAUUUAAGAAAAGGUAGUUAAUAAGACCAGGCCCUCUAACCAGCCUUCAUCAAUGCUCAAAGCAAUCAACUCUAAGUAAAUUUAAGUAUAUAAUUGUUUUGACACCAAGGAUUUCAUUCCCAAUCUGCAUGCGAGAUUAGGCCCAUGCAUUGGUGGUUAUUAUAAUCAAUGAUAACACAGAUGGAUUGAGCUUGUAUUGAUAAUGAAAACUUCACUUCCACGAUCACAGUUAUUGAUCGGUUUCUUUAUUUGAUAUCCAAACAUCAAGCAGGCAUUUCAUGUUGUGAAUGAAUUACCUUGCUAUUGACAAUCCAAAGUUCACAGAACCAAAUGAAUUCCAAGUCUUAACUUGCUGUGCUGGUAUUGACUCUUAUACCUAGAGCCAAACCAGUCGUCCUUGUGGUCAAGUUCACUGUGACAUAUGAACAGCCAAUAUUUUAAUUAUCAUAUUAACUAUCACAUAUGAACAGCCAAUAAUAAUUAUCAUAUCUUUUUUUCAAGUUUUUCGAUUUGAUCACGCCUAUCACAAUCAUGUCAGAGUAUAGCAUCAAGUCAAUAACAAUUCCUUCUAGAUCUCUCUUGCUUAUUGUAUGCAAAUCAUCAAGACAUGCAUGGAUGGUCCCAAAUCCACUCGAGAACUCAAAAGAAUCAAAAGCGAAACACAAUGGAAUGUAAACUUGGACAAUUAUUCGUUCUACAUGCGAAUCAGUAUGUUUUUGCAACGCAAAUUAACGGCUUAUUGCAAUGCAACACGCGCUUAAUAAGUACACAUUUUCUUUUCCAUCGAGCUAAGUCCUUGUGCGCAUAAUACAUGUACACACAAUCGGCCGUUUCACCUUAGAUCUCGGAUAUGAAAACUCCAUCUUUGGGCAAGUAUAUCGGCCUGAAUUCUUUGCAUCUUCUUUGCAUUGUUGGACGCACACAGAUCUUGCAAAGAAGGUUCUCACGCGCACAAUUGCAGCAGUGUCGACGUUGAAGUUGUUAUCUUAAUCAUAACGGCACCGUGUCUAAGCUGUUUCAUUGUCAAACUCUGUCGUCUUGGCGGCAGUUAUAUUGGUUCAUCCAUUAUGGCAAAUGUCCGCAUCGUUACUAUAUUCCAUAUACGUCAGAAGGUCACUCAAGUACAGUUUGAGUUCUUAAAAGAGAAACAAAGUUUCAACAAUGCGUAGUUGACACUAAUAUCCAUUCUCCAUUGCUGUAGAUUCAACCAAAACCGCGCAAAAUUUCGAAGAAAUGGGUGUCACAACCAAAUCUUCUAGGGUAAGUGAUCAUGUACGAUUAACCGAUAUUCAGGAUCACGAUAAACAGAUUGUAUUCGCAUGAUAUACUAACAUCAACCCGUCAGCACUCAGGACUUCCUUGAAUUAAUAUUUCCUGCAUUACCACAACGCUACAAAAGAAUAAUUGUGAUAUCUUAACUGGACUUUUGCUAUACAACCAAGCUCGGUGUAAGAAAGGCACUUGUGAUAAUUUAUUAAAUACUAGGUUCUCUGAGUUACUCUCCUUGCUAAUUUGUACGAUGUAAUAUAACGAAAACACGGUCACAAUAUGUUUUGCUUUUGUUUUUCACCUGUCCCCAUCAUUGUUUAUAUCAUGAAUCCAAACUUUUUACUCCUGUUCAGUGUAGUGCUGAAACGUUGAAUAUAACAAGUGUUUUAUUGUCUUGUUCUGUUCUUAAUGCAGAGGUCAUAUGUCUUGUACAUGUACUAAAUCUAAGAACGUCUCCGACUAUAUGAAGCAUUAUUUGAAGUGACAUGCUCUGAGAAUCGGCUAGCGAGCUUCUAAGUCCGCUUGUAAGAAAUCCAGGAUGGCCAAAGAUUACAAUUGUUUGUAAAUGUAAUGUUUCGCGUUGAUUCAUCAUUUCCAUGGUAAAAUAGAGCUUCGCGUUGGUUCUGUACGACGUAAAGCAUUUUGUGUUCAAGCGAAUAUCCAGCUAUAUCAUGACGUCAUAAGGCGCUCUGCAAGUGAAGUGGUCCGAUCACUCGGCUAGAGACUCGUCAACCGUUGCUAGGUGACGGUAACGGUGUCUUAAAAUGAUGGUCUUUUCGAAGAUCCGUGUGUAUAAAUCAAUCAGACGACAGGCUUGAUGUUAAAUAUUGAUUAUUUUGUUUAGAGAUGAUGUUGCGUGGAUAAAAGAGAGAGAAAACAUGGAGGAAGAAGGAGUGUCAUUUACUGAAGAAGGUACUUAGAACUUGAAAUAAUAGAUAGUAGUGAGGAAGUGUGCAUCCUUACUUGCAGCUGAGAUCUUGACUGAAUGGAUCAUUUGCAUUAUAGACUAAAUUUUGAUUUAGACAAAAAUUUCAUCACAGCUUGAAAAGAGCAUCACAAAAUUAGUAAUAUUCCAAAGUUUCGUUGCGAAACGUUGUAAAAUGCGGAUAAUAUAGCCAUGCGAAAUUUGCCGUUUUUCUGUCAUUUUGUAUUACACACGGGAAAUUGACAGCCCAAUCGGGUGUUGGGGCAUCAAUUUUCCGUUUGUAAUACAAAAUGACUGAAAAUUGCAAAUUUUGCAAGGCUAUAUUAUCCGCAUUUUACAACAUUUCGCAACGAAACUUUGGAAUAUUACUAAUUUUGUGAUGCUCUUUCAAGCUGUGAUGAAAUUUUUGUCUAGAUCAAAAUUUAGUCUAUAAUGCAAAUGGUCCAUUGGAAGAACGCAUGAUCGAGACGAGGGCGAACUGGGGGCUCCUCUGGCUAUCACUGCAUGACUCAUGUUAGACUUGACUUCUCUAAUUUGACCUCGUUACAAGAAUUAUCGCAAGCAAACGACAAAGGUACUGUUUUCCCCUCCCCUCUCUUCUCCUCCUCCUAAUCCCCUCAAAAAAGAGAACGUAUUUUGCGGGGAUCUGUAGGUCACGAUUGAAGGGUUAGUUUGAGAUUUAUCCAAACCCAACCUGUUAACAUUCCCUGUGUGAGAAAAAUGGAGUAUCUAGAUAAACCCACGACUUUUGGGAAGGGAUUAUUCCGCUGGCCUCAGAGUGACAAAACGUAACAAAGCAACAAUUUUACUAACACUAACCCUACUCCAAACACCAAUUCUAACCCUAACCCUAACCUAACCCUACUCCAAAUUUGUUUCUGAACCAAUCUUGAAGAAAAAAGUUUUGAUGAAAUGUCAUUCUGAGGUCAGCGAAAUAGUUGAUGCCCGACUUUUGGCGUUCAUUGACUUUAAUAACUUAAAGGUGAUCUACAGUCCGUAUGUAAACAAAGCCUUUGUUUACAUUUUUGUGUCCAAAAUAUUGAGCUUUAUUCGACAACUAUUUAUAUUUUCAAGCUUCUAGAGUAUAAUAAAUGAUCAAGAAGCAACAAUCAGGCUUUUCAAGAACUCAAAACAUAGUUAAACUGUUUGUAUCAUAAAAAGUGGGCUCAUUUGUGCACAUGCGCAGAUCGGACUGUAGAUCACCUUUAAUUUACGAUCUCAGAGGUGAAAUGUGCUCGCUCAUACGAGUGCGUCACGGGGCAUAUAUGUAAAUAAUAUAUAGAUAGCCAAUUCAUGAAAUUACGCCAUCCAGCAAGUUUCUCCAAUAAAAACCCCAGAUGGCAUUUAGCAACUGUUGGUUACCUUUUACAAAGGAUUGCCGUUAACCUUGAUACAUCAAUAAACUUUCCAAAAUUCAUGUCAGUCUUGUCGACUUUCAUUUUAGUUCCAGAACUAACCCUGGAACACAUUAACAAACAACGAGUGCAACUCAGACCUAAACGUCGUCCUCCAUCCAGAGACUUCGUAAGGUCUCGGGCUAGUAUGAACUUUGAUUUCGAUGUGCCUGAAGAAAUUGAGGAGGAAGAUGAAGAUAGCGGGCAGAAUGAGGCUACGGAAGAUGAGCAGAAGGUGAAACCAACGCCUCCCAUCCCUGCCCCCAAGCCAGCAGAGCGGAACGGAUGGAAACUACCAAAUCCUGGACAUGACGUUGUCCUGAGGAAAACGAAAUCAGAAAAUGUCGAGCGAGUAAAAUCAGACGAAGUUCAAGAAGCAGAAAUUGAAGAGAAUACAAAUGACUUUACUCCACAAUCAUCCCCAGAAAAGAAACAGAAAGAACGAAAAAGAUUUAAAAUGCAUUUAUUCAAAUUUCGUCGAAGCCGCAAAGGCAAACUAAACGGGAAAACUCCAAAAAUGGAAACCGAAAGAAAAACAAACUUAACCGAAACUUAUUCCAUGUCGGUAGAUUCCGGCCUACGACCGCUAGGCGAAGAUUCACGAGGACGCUGGCCGAAUCGACGUUCGCGCAGGUCGGAGGAGAAAGGGCUGAAUUGGCUUUUGGGAAUUUUCCAUAAAAAGAAUACUCAACAGGGCCCUAAGGACACGAAGGAUGCCGAACAUAUUCCGGAUGAUACCGAGGACGUAGCGAAGGAUGCCCAAGAUGCAUCGCAAGUACACGCCACUGGUAACCAUAGUGAUACAAAUUCGAAUGGGAAACCGGAAGUAAAUGGGACUGUACCGGAAGUAAAGUUAAGGAACGAUCAUACGUCACAUGAAGACGACGUGAAUCAAGACAACGUGUCAGACUUAAGACUGAAAUUUGAAAGAUUUUCAAUGGUCUCCUAACAUAAAGAUUAAAUUACCGUUUGGGAAAUUUAGCGUCAUUAUGAGGCCAAUUGUCCUGCGAGAUUUUCCAUGCGCUCAAAGGCGGUAACACGUUGUAAAAGUGACGAUAACACGUUGUAAAAAGUUUAAAUGAAAUUAUCAAAACCAAGGAUAUACGAUAACAGAGUUAAUCUCUUGCAAUCAAUUAUUGUACUAAUUUUUUUUAAAGCUCAGCUUAAAUUCAUAUCAACCAAUUGUUCACAAUGUGCAGUGGAUUACAAAAGCUACCAGAUACAUUAAUAGAUCAAUUAUUUUCCUAUCUUACAAGAACUAUUAAAUUCAUAACACAAACUUGCGCAAUUGGUUCAAUUGAAUGCACAUAUAAAUAUAAAACUUUGAUUGCUCUGUCGAAACUUGGUCCUAGCUAAUACGGUAUUGUUUCUAGAACAAAAUAUGAAUAUUCUCCGUUGUAAACGGAGAUCUAACAAAUGUAUAAACUAUUAUCUCUAAGAUGAAAUAUAUUAUGUCGUCAAUACAUACCAACUGAAUAUUAGCGAUAUUGUCUUACUGUUUUUCCUCCAAUUUUGUUGACGAAGAUCCAAACACAACAUUUACUAAGCUCUGAAUAAUAUCAUCCUCCUUAUUAGAAAUUUGAUUUCCU